GGAUUUUCCAAAUUAUAUAGGAGCAGCAUUUCCUGGAAAAAUGUGUGUUUCCCGUUAUUCUGCAGGAGUUGCAUUGUUUCCCAAGGAGAUAACUUUGGAAGCAUUUUCAGUUGUUGUCACCCAAAUGCUGGGACUCAGUCUGGGAAUAUCAUAUGAUGACCCAAUGAAAUGUCAAUGUUCAGAAACCAUCUGUAUAAUGAAUCCAGAAGCUGUGCAGUUCACUGGUGUUAAGACUUUCAGCAAUUGCAGCUUGAGUGACUUUAAAAAUUUCAUUUCAAAUAUGGGUGCCAGAUGUCUUCAGAAUAAACCACAAAUGCAAAUAAAUCCAAGACCAGUAUGUGGCAAUGGUAUAGUGGAGGGAAAUGAAGUCUGUGAUUGUGGUAAUGAAACU